UUUGAUGCAAAAAGCAGGUGAAGUAAAAGUUAUACAUGCUGAUGCAACAUACAAACUAAUAUGGCAAGGAUUCCCCGUUUUCGUCGUUGGAAGUACAGACAAAAACAAACGAUUUCAUCCCUUUGCUCUGGGGGUUGCAACUAAUGAAGAAAAAGAAGACUUUAAGUUGUUGUUCGAUGCCAUCAAGAUCAAUAUCUUUAACUUGUACUCGCAAAACUUCAAGCCAGAAGUGCUAGUAUGUGAUGCAGCUAAAGCAAUACAAAACGCAUUCACAGAGGUAUUUGGUAAGGAUGUCACUGUAAGAAUGUGUUGGGCUCACGCUAAGAAGAAAAUUCAGCUUCAUGUGGAGAAAUAUACGAAAAAAACUGUUCACAGAGAAUUGUUGGCAGAUGUGGACUCUCUCCAAGCAGCGACGGAUUCAGAAACCUUCGAGUUAGCUUCAAAAGCAUUCUUGAAAAAAUGGGAUAAUGCUUUCAUCCAAUAUUUUGAAGAGCAAUGGCUUACCCAAAACCGUAGCUGGUAUUUGGGGGCUCAUAUGGGUUCGCCAGCGACUAAUAACGCUUUAGAAUCACAUAACCGAGUAAUAAAAGAUGAAUACACACUCCGUGAACGUUUGCCAUUGUCUCGUUUCUUGACAGUAUUCAAAUGGCAAGUGGAUCUACCGCACAAUGACUGGAUGCAAGGGAAAUGCAACUGCCCUGCAUUUUACAAAAAUUAUAUGUGCAAACAUAUAAUGGGGCUAGCCAUACGCUUAAAGUUCGCGAACCCCCCACCAGAAGCAAAGAAUGUGCCUAUCGGCCAAAAAAGGAAGAGAGGGCGCCCUUCCAAAUCAAGACCAGCGCUGGUAAUACAAUGAUUUUGAUAAGAGAAAGAUUAUGUUUUAAUUAGAAGAUGAUUGCUUUUUAUGAGAAGAAGUUUAAGGUUUAAGUUUUAAUUAGAAGAAGGUUAUUUUUGUUGUUUUUAAUAAAUAAUAUUGAUUAUUUAAACUGUUUUUUUUGUUUCCUUUAAAGAUUAAACA